ACCCCGGUCUUCUCUAGCAUGGCGUCGGUAGUAACUGAUCCCAAAGCAGCCCCAGGUCAAGGUCUCCGAUCCCCCGCCAAGGUCUCGCUUGCUCUGAGCCUUUGGAAAUAGGCAGCCCGGAGGAAUGGAGAGAAAUAAAGGACAUCAGUAAUGGCCAGCAUUUUGAGCGCCUUUUAGGUCAAAUACUCCAAGUACUCCUGUGAGUUGGCCCUGUUGUGUUCCCGGUUUUCCAGGGGCUGAGAACUGGGGUUUGGAGAGAUUAACGUUGCUGCACUGUGAACACUAUGCAGAUGGGAGAUUGGGUCCGAAGGAAAGGCGGGACCCCUAAACGUCUUUGAACUGGUGAUCCCAGAGAGAUUACAGACGCAGUUUCCGAGCUGGUUCAUUUGGCAAGUCAUAGCCACCAGAAUGAUUUGUUUACUUACUUUGGUGGGAGAAGGAUUUUGCGGGACUGGUGAUCGAACCCAGAACUUCAUGCAUGCUAGGCAGGUGUUCUACCGCUCCCAGCCCAGAAUGUUAAGCUUUGAGGUUUGUUUUUCAGGUGACCAUAGCCACAUAAUGUCAGUAGUUCGCUCAUCCGUCCAUGCAAAAUGGAUCGUGGGGAAGGUGAUUGGGACAGCAAUGCAAAAAACCGCUAAAGUGAGAGUGACCAGGCUUGUUCUGGAUCCCUACUUACUGAAGUAUUUUAAUAAGAGAAAAACCUACUUUGCUCACGAUGCCCUUCAGCAGUGCACGGUUGGGGAUAUUGUGCUUCUCAAAGCUUUGCCUGUUCCACGAACAAAGCAUGUGAAACACGAACUGGCUGAGAUCAUUUUCAAAGUUGGCAAAGUCAUAGACCCAGUGACAGGAAAACCCUGUGCGGGAACCACCUACCUGGAGAGUCCAAUCGGUUCAGAAUCCACUCACCUGAGCAAAACACUGGAAGAACUCAAUGUCUCUUCAGCAUAGUGACGGACUGGAAGGAGUCAAGGGGAAAAGUUCAUGUUUGUUUUAUGCGGAAAAAAAAAAAGUUUUUUUUUUCUAAAUGUUGGUGGUCAUGUUUCUGAGUUUUCUUUUCAGUGAACAUACCUUGAUAUUACACUAAGAGCACCCAGCCACCUGCUGCAUUAUUUGGUAAGCUUGCUGUUUUAGAAGGUAUACUGCUUUAUUUUUUCAU